AGGCUUUUCCAUUCCAGGCGAGGUUGCAAGAAACCACGUGCACCUAGAAAAAGAAACAUCAAACGACAAAGAUGAACUCGUCAUGGAGAUCAACAGAUUAUGUCUUCUCUCUUCCUACUUUCUCGCUUUGCAGGAGCAUUUUUUCCUUUUUGUACAAUAUAUAACAAUAGCAUGAGGUCAACGUCGGCCAUACAUAACCUAAUAAUUUUUCUUCUUGUUGAGUCUUGAAAUUUUUACCACCUGGAUGUGUGUAGAAGUUUUGCAAGAUUUGAUAGUUGUGUUCUAGCUAGGACAGUAAAAAAGCAAACUACACCAUGUCGAACAACUCCUCUGGCGGCUUUGCGUUCAAAUUCCCGGGCGCCGGGGGGCCUAACAAGCCCUUUGGCUUCUCCUUCCCCACCGGACCAACAAUCGGAAGUGUGGGCAAUGGAGCGGCCAUAGGCGGCGCAGCACCAGGUGGCGCAGCUUCGAGCCUCGGCGACUUGGCCUCCCUGACGCCAGAGAACAGAGGCAACAACUUUUCGAUGUUUGGGGCAGGAGCAACAGCUGGCGCACCCAACAUGAUGGGUGGUGCCGGCGCUGGGGCCGCUACUUUCGGGACGAUGAAUAACAUUGUUGGUAGCGCGCCAGCGGGAGCACAGGCACAUCAAAUAGGCUCGUCAAUAAAUUCGAUGGGAAUGAUAGGCAGCCAGCAGAACAGGAUGUUUGGCGGCAUGACAGCCAGCGUGUUCGGAAACCUGGCGUCCCUUGAGCCGGAGCAGUCUGCGGCGCCACCAGGAGGAGUUGCACUAGAGAAACAGGAAGGUCCUGUACAGCAGGCGUCUAGUAUAAGUCCCGGGGAGGUGGGGCAAAAUCUCGCGGGUGGACCUCAUCAAGCAGAGAAGAACGUAAACUCAGCCGUCGUCUUUGAGGAGCCAGUCACCGCGUUCAGCGGAGGCGAGGAGACGCGGGAGGCAAUAAAGCAUGCAGACAGAGAGGAACUAGAACAAGAUCAUGCAAAAAAAGAAGCAUCUUCUUCACACCAACUCGGCUCCUCGCCCUCUUCCCUCGCGGCGCGCGCCAGAUCCACGUUGCCCCCACUGGACCAGUACGAGACUGGCCCCGCUUCGUUUCACUCGCCCAGGGACCUGAAAACGUCUCCGCGGAGCAAGGACGAUCUCAGUUUCAAGGAUAACGAAAGGCUGUUGACAAAGCAGUACAGUCCGGAAAGGCUGGAACAGCUCAGCAUGCCGAGGAAUACUAGUGGACAAGCGCUGGCGUUGAGAAAUCGAAAUGCAAUAAAUGGCGCAGAAGGAGGUGAAGAUAACUUUGUCGUCACAGUGGACCCACCGUCUUCUUCGAGGUCGCAAAGUGGAUCCUCGUCAUCCGCUUCUGGUUCUGGAACUGCUUCCUCUACCUCGUAUAAUCUGAAAAACGCAGCGCCAGCGGCCAGUAGAGGUGGAAGUAGAAGAUCCGCUGUUCAUGACGAUUCGCCUAGAACCAGAGCAGACCGCCGCGGCGGCAGCCGCAGGCGGAAACACAAACACGACUCCGAGGAGAGACGGUUCAUGAAGAGUUUGCAGAAGGCGAUCCCGGGUGCUGAACCGACUCCAUUGGAAAGGGAAGUUUUACAGCUCCUGGAAACAAAUUCAUCGACAAGAACUACUUUUGUUGGAGCCGGGGUCGGUCGGACAGCUCCUGCUGUGAGUACUACGACCUCAGGCGCAAAUCUUCAUCCAAGAGCGAAGAAAGGACAAGGAAAGAGGACCACGAAAGGCGCAACCGGGGGAGCACACCUCCAGAAUAAGCCAAUAAUAGCGUCGGCGGAGCAGGGUGCUGCUGCUGUCGCUCCGAGAACUACUAGUACACCAGGACCGUUCCGUUCGGUUCUAGGGUCGUCGUCCAAUAAAGGGAUAAUGUCAACAUCUUCGGGGACGACCAGCAACAAAGCCACGCCUGCAAAAUCCAUCGGGCGAGACUACCGCGAUUUUCUCGCCCUGGACCCGAAACUGAACGCUGAUAUUUUGGACCAGAGGACCGCCAAAAGCUCCUUGCUCUUCAGCCCGGAGACGACGCCACGGGGAACUACUCACACAGAUGACCACGACCAGGGUCGAAAAAAUAGUAAGUCGAAGAAGAUAUUGAAAGCAACAACUCCCCACAGCAGCUCCUCCGCUGCCAACAGUACGUUGGAAGAGGAAGACGCCUACGAGGAAGAUUUUGACGACGAUUUCGAAGAGGAGGAAGAAUUCUUCGAGGAAGACGAUGACGAGUUGACGCCACGUGAUGCGACCAAUACUAGGAAUGCUGCUGAUGCCGCUACAGUUGCUGCCAGUAAAGAACAGAACAGUCUGGACGAUAUCCUUUCCAAAUUCGCGCACGACGAGGACUUUCUCGACGAGGAAAUGAACAUUAGCCAAUCUGCUCAUCAUGGACAAGAGGACGAAACCGCGGCGCAGAAAGCAGCAAGGGAGCGCGCAGUAGAAAAAGACCGGGAGGACAGCGUGUUUCUCGACACCUCCGGCCGAUCGAUGUUCGCGAUCGGGAAGUCUGCCCCUGUUCAGGAGCGAAGGGGAGGUGCUGGGGGGACAACUGCUCGGACUUCUAGAACUGCAGCCGCGAAGAGGACAUCACCAUCGACCGUGAAAAAUGCCCGAAAUCCGAACCGAAGAGCAACGCGCGCCGCGAGUACUUCUUCACCUACAGCGAACGGAGAAACAAGCAAAGACUGGCUCGCGAGUCCCCCGCCCGCCCACACCGCGGCGUCGACGUUUGCGAAGCCGAACCUGCUGCUGCCCUGGAGAGCCGAGAGUCCGCAGAUCUCGACCAACAAGGAGAUCACGCGUUCGGUGGAAAAGACGCGGGAACUCCUCGCGGAUUGGUACUCGACCAACUACCUGGACGAGCGGACCGGCUCCCCGCUCUCGCGCGCGGAGCGGCAGGAGCUGCGGUUGGCCAGUGAGAAGAGGGAGCUGGAGUCCGAGCAACGGGUCAGGGAGUUGCAGAACAAGAAGUUCAAGCGCGCCCCGGGCCAGCCCAGCACCUACCACGGCUCGCAUUACCACUACUACGUGGUGCGCAACGGCAGCCGGGGGUGCAUGAUCCAGCCCGGCUACCCGCGCAUUUGGCCGCCGUCGGGAAUGAAGAAGAGGCAGAACAACAAGCGAGCGGCGUCUACUUCCAGGUCGCCUCCCCGAGGCGGGAGAGCAGGAGCAGGAGGAGGCUCUGCUGAAGAUGUUGAAAGCGAACAGCAAGAAGUGCUUAGUUCCUCGAAUAAAAAAGACGAAGUCUUGUCUUACUUCGACCAAACCUGGUUGCGUCACCCGCAAAACCCAGAGCUGCGUGCUAACAUCCAUUCGCAAGAAAAUAACGACCGUGGUGCUCCUCCUUCUGCAACGUCGUUCGCGUCUUUCGUCGCUUUAGACGACCCCGACUCUGCUGCGAAGGAAGUGUCCGGGCGCGUGAUCCUCGAGGCAACGAAAAUCGGGAGCCUUGACACGGAUCAGAUCGUCACCUUGAAUCUGAACGAAAAGCCGGAGUUCGACAAGACACAGAUUUUGUCCGGAAACAACGACAAAAACAACACCUCUUCAAAAACGAACAGCGAGACGGUGACGUUUGAGUUCUACGUGCACAACAUUCUAGCCGAGACUUUGAGUCUGUCCCUGCUGCAGGACAUUGGGAAUUUCGAAAACGUUUCGGACCAAGCGAAAUUGCGGGCGGUGAACUUGACGCGGAAACUGGGGAAAGAUCUCGUCCCGGAUAUCGGAAAUAGUCUGAUCACCGGAAAAAAGGUUUUGGGCGAGGCGAAGUAUAGCGUGUGGGAGCUACUUAACAGCACCGGAAAUUCAACAUCAUUUUCCGGAUCAACGAGCCCGAGGACGACUACAGGCAGUUCGGCUGACGUCGGGUCGUCCGCGUCGUCUCUUUCAAAUGGUCGCGGAAGUAGUGGUGGAAUGGGAAAUAAAAUCAACAUGCUCAAUCUUGGCACACCGGCUGGUCCAGGCAUGAACAAAUCGACUCCUGCAGCACGUCUGGCGCCCACGACGUCGUCCUCCGGCCCGCCGCAGAGUACGGAAGACGGCCCGGACCCCUGGGUUGCGGAGGUCAUUCACCGUUUCAGCAAGGCAUUGGAGCUGAAAUGCAAGCUGUUUUUCCUCUCCGACGCGCAAUCCAUGGAGCGGGCCAGAAUCGCGGCCUCCCGGGUGGUGGAGCCGCCACCGCCGGGCCCGUUUGACCCGCCCCGGCAGUUGCCGAAGGUCUGUCCGGCCGACAGCCCGCUCAGAUACGGGGGGCAGCUGCUGAAGGAAAAAGUGGAAGCGGAACGAAAAGCGUUGGAGGAGGCGGAGCAGAAACGAAUGGAGAUCUUGCUGGCGAAACAGCAAGAAAAAAUUGAAGGGUCAUCUACUUCACAAGUAGGACUUGCUUUUACAGAAGAUGGCUCCCAGCAGCGAGAGGAGCAGGACAGCGAGUCAGUCCCAGUCGGACAGACAACGCCCAGCAGGCUAAAGUCGCCCCGCAGUGUCCGGUUCGCCGAUGAGGUGGCGCAGUGGGAGGAAACCGCCAAGCGCAAUCAGGAAGACUGGGCGAAGGUGCUCAACUUCCCCCACUGCCCGGGCGAGGCGCCCCUGCGGAUUGCGGGGGAAAUAGCUGCAGGGCGUCUCGAGGAUUCGUCGCUCCACUCGAGCCUGGAACUCGGGGACCUCCAGGGAGGCGGUGGACCGAAAAAAGCAGGAGGUGCUCCUGCUGGGGUAGUGAAUAAGGGCUCGUCCUCGUCCUUGGAUCAUCAUCUCUCGCCCUCCACCGUGUAUGCCAAGCGCCACGAUCGGGAAAAGUCCGCCGGUGCAGCAGGGGGCACUUCUCUUCAGCACCGUGGCUCCAGAAGCCCCCCUCUGUCCCCGAGAAGCGAAAGGAGAAAGCAAGCGAAUUCUCCUUCCACCCGGCCGCCCUGGUGCCACGCCCCUGGCCACGCCCGGAGGGGCUCGAUGGAAAAGCACGCGGGGGAACUGCGGAACAAAGUCCCGACGCCGCGCAGUCGGUCCGGCACGCCUCCGCCACCGAAGCCGGAGCGGAAACUUUCCAUCGCCCGGGUCUCCGGCGCACACAUUCUCCCCCCGGGUACGUUUGAGGAGAAGGAGAUCUGCUUGGGGACUUCCGGGGCCGUCAUCACGCACUUCUCGAGCGUGUUCGACAUCUCGCCUCCGGUCAGCGCCGACGUAGUGAUGGUGCAGCAGGAUCCGCCGGUGAUUCGGUCCGAAAGCUCCCGGGUAAACACGCCUAGAGUCGGUCUUGUCGGUGGUGCUGGUGCUGACGGAGCUGCACGAGUAGAAGUGUCAUCUUCAAAGAAUCAAGAACUGCGCGACGAGCGGGAGAAAAGUAAUGUAUUCGAAAGCGAUCAAGAAGAUAUGCAGGAUGACCAGACCACCACUGUGGCCGGUGCGGUUCCCACAACGACGGGCCUCUUUGAAGACGAGAGUCGGGACUUCACCACGACGACGGCGCCAGCUGCGGAUCAGAAGCUUUUGAAUCUGAAUCUAGACAAAGUUCUUGUUCAGCGCGUGGACGAAGAUGGUAAAGAAAUGCUUAGUCAAUCUUCCUCUUCACGCCAGCGAGCGGACGAGAACUUCGACGUAUUCGGAACCAGACAACAAGACCACUCCUCAACGAUCGGGGAACAAGGUCCUCGUCCGCCGCGUGAUUCCCUACAAGACCUGCUGGAUUUUGACCGCAACAGCUCGGUGACUGCGCCGUUCUUCCACGCGAACGAGUCCUCCCGGCGGGGGUCACGAGACAGCGCGAAUGUCUUCGGUGAGUUAGAGCAACUACAGAAUGUGGACAGAAUAAACCCAGAAGGUCUCCUGAGUCACGAAUCCACACCUAGGCCCUUCGACGAAAAAGAAGAGCAGUCGGGAUUAGGUUUGUCCUCCAGUUCCCGGUCGUCCGACCAGAUGAACAUUCAUAGGCCUGAGCAGGAACUACAUAAGAAGAAGUCUUCGUCGCUGCUCGGCGACCUGCCGCCGCUUGGCGGCGCUGGUCGAAAGACGAAUCUUUUGGGCGAUCUGCCACCCCUACCCGGGCUCGGCGGUGCCGGGACGACCACGACGGCUGCAGCGUUCCUCGAGGAUGACGAAGAACAGGAGCAAGGCGAUAGUCUGCUCCUUGGACGAGCAGGACAAGCACAAGCGCACGAAGAGCAAGGGAGAAGAACAAGACCAGCAAAGUCAGCCACCGCUGAGCAGAAAAACAAGAAAAGCAAGAAGAAAGAAAAAGACGCUAUAGACCGCAUGUUGUUCGGCGAGUUUUCGGAGGGCGGUAACAGUUCGAAGUCGUCAAACUCCAUCGCUUUUCCCGAAAUCUCCUUUGGAGACGAGGAGAACGAUAACGACCUGAAUAACAAUCCGGUUUUGCGGUCCUCUCUGACGACUUCGCCCGUUGCUUCGAAUAAUAAGCCCCCAGGCAACAAGAACCGUCCUCCCGGGGGUACUAUGGAUGCGAUUUUUGGCCGCGGUGAAGGAGGUGGGAACGAGGAAGAUGGUGCGGAUAGGUCUACUCCGCUUUCAUCUUCUGAAAGAGCGUCCUCGACACCCACAUCGUCCGGAAUGUUGAACAAAAAAAACCAGUUGCCGUUGGUCCCGCCGGCCGGGACGGCCGUGACGAGCAGAGAGAGCGGUGAACAAGAUCUGCUACUUCGGGCUAAAAAUAAUGUCCCGCAACUGGAUCUGGCUGCACGAGGUCGAGGCGGGCCACUUCGCACAGAUGUUCUUGACGGUAGUGAGGACAAAAUGAUCCCCAGCACUGCGAGGAGCCGAGCAUCGAACUCCCAAGUAGUCUCGGAGGACCUUGAAAUUGCGGCAGACGGCAGCGAAGGGGCGAGCAGAAACGACGAGGCUCGUCCAGCUGCAGAAGGAAGAAGUCCCAGUCGCGCGACCUACUCGAACGAAGACUUUGCCUCCGCGACGGCCACGCAGCAAUCCCAGUCCUCUGUCCGAUCGGGGGAUGAGAAUCUUCCAAGCGGCUCUGUCAUUCCUACACCCAGGAGCAGCAAUAGCAAUACUGAGAAGUCGAGCAACACCAACACAACCCCGAAGAGCUCAGCGCGCAGUAGCAAUUCGAGAAAAAAACCCUCGUCAGCAGCGGACGACAUUCGGGCCGCGAUUGGCAUGAGUAGUAAAAACUACAACGACAGUACUUCGCAGGUCCCGGCACAGCAGCAGCGAAGUAGUGGCGGCACAAGUGGGUCGAAAACAAGCAGUCCCUCGUCCCCUCCUAGGUCCGCGAGAUCGGCGGAGCAGCCUGGUGCAGGGGCGGUCCCGAGCGACGGGAACAAAUCUUCCGUAAAAUCCAAUACAAGUGGUCCAAGUUCCUCACGAACAAGCCGGAACAAUGACAAACCACUGUAUGAUUUAGCGCCACGAGGACCACCUCUCAGUGUCACACAGCAGCAGGUGCUGGAAACAACCUCAAUAAACGAGGACCAAAUAAACCAGACACAGAAGAACUCAGUUGUGGAGAUGAAAGCGCAAAAGGAGGAGAGGCCCUGGUGGAUGGGGGAAGACAGCGAAGAGGAAAGGGAGGACGCUAUGACGAAGAACAAGGAGAAGCCGCAGCACAAUCCCGAGUCCGAGGUCGAAGAAGACAUCAGCGAAGACUUCGGUAGCGACGACGGAAUGGACUUGUUUAAGUGAUGAGCCUAGAAAUAUCAUCGUCAUUUGGCUGUGCUUAUGGUUUAUUUAGGGCAUCGAGGAAUCAAACAUAUGUUUCAGUUUCUUCACAUUUGGAAUUAUUUUCACACAGUAACUACAUAAGUAUUUCGCACUAUUAGUGCUUUCUCAAGUACAGUACAAACAACAAUCUGCCUUGUUGUGUUUCAUUUUCAGAGUAUUAGGGCUAUUGACAGCGCUCACGUGGGGGUAAGCAAGUGUGUGAGCAUCUUCACAACUGCCUGAGAAAAAACAUCAAUGGAGGCCAUGAAUAGCUGUUGGGUUCUUGUAAAAAUACUUUUUGGCUGUGACGUAGUAGUAGUUCACGCAGUCGCAGGUAACUACAGCGCAUUGUAU